GUUCGGGCAGCGGCAUGUGCGGUUGAUUUGGAUCUAGCAAUGUCGAGGAGCCUUUCGGGUUUGCUGUUACCGACCCUUGUUCUCGUUUGCCUGCUAGAGCCUCGAAUUGUAAAAUCGGAGAACAUACUGGGCAUAUUCUCAUACACUUUCGGUUCAUCAUAUCUUUUGAUUGAGCCAUAUUUGAGGCACCUUGUCCAGCGGGGCCAUCAGUUGACCAUCAUUUCCGCCGUCACCCACUUGCCGCACAUUGAGGGUGCUCACCACAUUCGCGUGGCCAGACUCGAUCAGCAAAUGCAAGAUCUCCUUGACUACGAUUAUGAAUUCGAGCUAAGCAAGUGGAUGGAGGCCCAGUUCGUCUCCGACUACUUUUUCAACUGUUCCAAGUUCAUACUAGAGGAUCCUGGUGUCCAGGAGUUGCUGCUCAACAAGAGUGCCGAAUACUCGAUGGUGAUUUUGGAGGCUGCCCACACCGACGCCCUCUAUGGAUUUGCCCAGCACUUUAAUGCUCCGCUGGUGGGCUUAGCCGCCUUUGGCUCGGCUUGGAAUAUUGACUUUUUGGCCGGCAACUCCGCCCCGAGUGUCUACGAGCCAAUGUCAGCCUUGGGCUACUCGCCGGGGCUUAGUUUGCUGGAGAAGUGGUACAACCUGAUUUUUAUCACAGAAGAGCGCUUGGUAGAGCGUUUUGUCUACCUGCCGCGCCAAAUCGAUCUCUAUAAAAAGUACUUUUCUGAGGGAGCUGGCAGUCUGCACGAAAUCCGACGGAGGUUUUCCUUGAUCUUGAUCAAUCAGCACUUUAGUCUGGGCCGGGUACGCAGUAAUGUGCCCAACUUGGUGGAAGUGGCUGGAAUGCACUUGGACGCACCGCCGGAGCCCUUAGACGAUGAGCUGAGGGCUUUCAUUGAGGGCGCGGAGCAUGGAGUCAUUUAUUUUUCGAUGGGUCUGCAGAUGCUGGACAAGUGGCUGCCACCUGGACUGCCCGAGCUAAUGAUUAAUUCCUUCAAGAGGCUCAAGCAACGUGUGAUUUGGAAGCGGUUGGAUAAGACGAUCGCAAACAAUACCAGGAAUGUGUAUGUCAGUGGUCUAUUGCCCCAACGCGAAAUACUCAACCACCCGAAUGUGAAACUCUUCAUCACCCACGGCGGGGUGCUAAGUAUCAUCGAGGCCGCUCAUUAUGCAGUGCCCAUACUCUGCCUGCCCCUAUUCUUCGAUCAGUUCCAAAACACCAAGCGAAUGGAGAAAAUGGGAGUGGCCCGAAGCCUAGACAUAACAGAUAUCUCCCAAGAAGUAGUUUUGCAGGCCAUAGGGGAUAUGUUGAACACCAGCUCAUACAAGCAGAGAGCUCUGGAUUUGUCCGGGAGAUUUCACGACCAGCCGAUGUCCCCCAUUGACACCGCCGUUUGGUGGACGGAGUACGUCCUGAGACACAAAGGAGCCGAUCACAUGCGAAUCGCCGAGCAGGAAAUGUCUCUCAUGCAAUACUACAAUGUGGACAUAAUCUCUGUUCUAUUCGGGCGCAUUGGCUUCACUGCCCUCAUCGUGAUUGUCCUGGCUUGGAAACUGGUCUCCUUUGCCACCAGAAACCUGGAGUACAGGUUUAAUCUGCCAAUGGUAAGGUAAUCUGCAAUAAAUAUGCUCUCUACCCAAAAGAAAAAGCUAUAAAUGAACAAAAAUGUAAAUAUUAAUGUUGUUAUCAAUAUAUACUUUUGUUUUAAAAAGAUUAAGCCCAAUAAAACAUUUCUAU